AUGUCCGCCACAUCCUCUCCAGCCAUCUCGCUCAAGGUCGAGUUUGGCGGCGGGCUUGAACUGCUCUUCUCGAACGAACGGUCGCAUACGGUGACGAUCCCCGCUCGCGCACCGUCCCCGGCGGGCGCAGACACCGACGUGCACCCCCCGGGAGGAGGCGGUCGGCCGGCGGACAUCGCUUUUCUGAUCGCAUGGCUGAGGGCCAACCUGCUGCAAGAGCGGGCAGAGCUCUUUGAGGAGAACGGGACAGUGCGGCCGGGGAUCCUCGUGCUGGUCAACGACACGGACUGGGAGCUGGAAGGCGAGGGCGAGUACGUGCUGAAGGACGGAGACGAGAUCGUCUUCAUCUCCACGCUCCAUGGGGGCUGA